CGCGCGCGGGGGACGUGUGCGGGCGUCUCCGCCAUUUUGUGAGUCUAUAACUCGGAGCCGUUGGGUCGGGUCCUGCUACUCCGGCGCCUCCACUCCGUCCCCCGCGGGUCUGCUCGAGUGCCAUGGACGGCAUCGUCCCAGAUAUAGCAGUUGGUACCAAGCGGGGAUCGGACGAACUCUUCUCUACCUGCGUCUCCAACGGACCCUUCAUCAUGAGCGGCAACUCAGCCUCUGCAGCCAACGGCAAUGACAGCAAGAAGUUCAAAGGCGACAACCGGAGCGCAGGUGUGCCAUCCCGGGUCAUCCACGUUCGCAAGCUGCCGGGCGACGUGACGGAGGGCGAGGUCAUCUCCUUGGGACUGCCCUUUGGGAAGGUCACCAACCUGCUGAUGCUGAAGGGCAAGAAUCAGGCCUUUAUCGAGAUGAACACGGAGGAGGCGGCCAACACCAUGGUCAACUACUACACCUCGGUGACGCCCGUGCUGCGAGGCCAGCCUAUAUACAUGCAGUUCUCCAACCACAAGGAGCUCAAGACUGACAGCUCCCCGAACCAGGCGCGGGCCCAGGCAGCCCUGCAGGCUGUGAACUCCGUACAGUCGGGGAACCUUGCCCUGGCUGCCUCGGCCGCCGCUGUGGACGCGGGCAUGGCCAUGGCUGGACAGAGCCCCGUGCUGAGAAUCAUCGUGGAGAACCUCUUCUACCCAGUGACUCUGGAUGUGUUGCACCAGAUCUUCUCCAAGUUCGGCACAGUCCUCAAGAUUAUUACCUUCACUAAGAACAACCAGUUCCAGGCACUGCUGCAGUAUGCGGAGCCCGUGAGCGCCCAGCACGCUAAGCUGUCCCUGGAUGGACAGAACAUCUACAAUGCCUGCUGCACGCUGCGGAUCGACUUUUCCAAGCUCACCAGCCUCAAUGUCAAGUACAACAACGACAAGAGCCGUGACUAUACCCGCCCAGACCUGCCCUCGGGGGACAGCCAGCCCUCACUGGACCAGACCAUGGCCGCCGCCUUCGGUGCGCCUGGUAUAAUCUCAGCCUCUCCGUAUGCAGGAGCUGGUUUCCCUCCCACCUUUGCAAUUCCUCAAGCUGCAGGCCUCUCCGUCCCUAACGUCCAUGGAGCCCUGGCCCCUCUGGCCAUCCCGUCGGCGGCGGCGGCGGCGGCCGCGGCUGGCCGCAUUGCCAUCCCGGGCCUGGCUGGGGCAGGGAACUCGGUGCUGCUGGUCAGCAACCUCAAUCCGGAGAGGGUCACACCCCAAAGCCUCUUUAUUCUUUUCGGCGUGUACGGAGAUGUGCAACGCGUGAAGAUCUUGUUCAACAAGAAGGAGAACGCCCUGGUGCAGAUGGCCGACGGCAGCCAGGCCCAGCUGGCCAUGAGCCACCUCAACGGGCACAAGUUGCACGGCAAACCCAUCCGCAUCACGCUGUCUAAGCACCAGAGUGUGCAGCUGCCCCGCGAGGGCCAGGAGGACCAGGGCCUGACCAAGGACUACGGCAACUCGCCCCUGCACCGCUUCAAGAAGCCUGGCUCCAAGAACUUCCAGAACAUCUUCCCGCCCUCUGCCACCUUGCACCUGUCCAACAUCCCGCCCUCUGUGUCUGAGGAAGACCUCAGGAUGCUCUUCUCCAGCAAUGGGGGUGUGGUCAAGGGCUUCAAGUUCUUCCAGAAGGACCGCAAGAUGGCCCUGAUCCAGAUGGGCUCCGUGGAGGAGGCCGUCCAGGCCCUCAUUGACCUGCACAACCACGACCUGGGCGAGAGCCACCACCUGCGGGUCUCGUUCUCCAAGUCCACCAUCUAGGGGCGGGGCCCCGCGGGCCGGGCUCCCCUCAGAACUUCCAUCAUUCCGCAGAAAGCCACUUUAAAAAAGCAGCUCAAGUGACCUUAACAGACCAGAGAUUUUAUUUUUUUAAAGAGAAAUCAGUUUACCUGUUUUUAAAAAAAAAGAAUUAAAUCUAGCUCACCUAGCUCACGGCGUGGUGGCAGGCAGCUGCGGCAGCGGGCCCCGCCCUCGGACAGUGCCUUGUCCAGGCGCCCCGGCGCGCGGCCUGUGGGGGGCGUCCUUGUGCCUUAGACCUGCCCACCUGGGCCGACCCGGGACCCCCAGGACCCUCCAGCGGGCAUCCCCACCCCACAAUCAAGUGACAUGAUUGCCGCCCCCAGGGCGCCCCCUGCUGCUUGGCUUUGGAGCCUGCGGUCUCCCGUGACCAAAUACUCCUGCUCCGUUUAUAUGCAAGAGAUAGUUUUUAAGUAACUUUUUAUAGCGUGAUACAGUGGUAUGCGUGUAUCUGAACUUGUAUGCUCUACUUUGUAUUUUAUUCUUUGUAACUCGGCCACAGGCAGGCCCGCUGCUGCGGCCUGCGCUGCCUUGACCCUCCGCGCCGCGAAGCGAGCCCCUUCAGGGUUGUGCGUGUACUCUUCCUUUGCAAAUUUUGGACCAAAGUUUUGUUUCUGUUUUUAUGUCUGCCUCUGGUGGUGGGACUAACUCGAGUCUUACGGCCCUCCCCCCCCCCGGGCGGGCCGAGGGGGUCUCCCUGGAGUUCGCUAGGGUGUAAAUAUUUAUAGUUUUUUAUACCUGUCGUGAGGCGGCAGCGCGGUUUCUAUGGCGGCAAAUGUAUAUUUUGGUUACGGCCUCGGCAAGAACUCGGUUAGGCGAACAGCCCCGCACCUCCUGUAGGCCUCCGGGCCGCUCCCGCGUGGACUCAAUAAAUUUUCUGUAUCCUGCA